AUGCCAACGCUCAACGGCUCCUGCCCUGGUUCACGGCGUCGGUACCGUCCCAGCCCCCCGUGGUAUGCCGCCUCUCGCUUAACGGACGCCUCCACUACUCCGCGAGAUCAACCGCCCACCGCCGGUCACGACAGAGCCGCUUUGUCGCCCAGCACCGCACCCCGCCCCCUCCGAAGGCGUGUGACUGUCCAGCCUCCUCACGGUGACAUGGAUGCCAACGCUCAACGGCCCCUGCCCUGGUUCACGGUGUCGGUACCGUCCCAGCCCCCCGUGAGCGUGGUCGCAAAGGCGGGUAUGCCAAAUGGCUAUUGCACCAGCUGCAAAGACGUAUCCCGCUUGAAGUUCUUUUGUUUUUUGACUGGCGCAAUUGAUAUCGAAGUAACUCAGAACUAUUACCAAGGAACUAGAGACAGGAAGAAGUCGCCUAACUUCGACGAGGAAACAUUGAGGAAACAUGAUCCACAGCACCUGCUACUCCCAUUGAAAAGGCCCGCUGCGACCCCGCCUAAUUUGGUUUAA